CACGUACGUUGCGCACCCGACUCAGCAAACCAUGUAUCACAUAUUACGGUCUUCAAUACCUUUACUUUCUCUGUUCUCUCUAUCUGCCCUUGCUUCGACCCCGCAAAAACCGUUAAACAUGGCUUCUGCGGAGUCCCAGCAACCAACCCUUCAGUCCUCCUCUGUGACUCUCUCUGAUGUCCUUCCGCGUUCCCAGGCUAUCGGCAUCUUCAGCAGCUUCUGCAAUGAUGUCCCCGCUGUCUCAUCCCUCCUCUCCUCCUCUUCCAAGAACCUGACCGUCCUCGCGCCACAAGACAGCGCCAUCAAGAAGCUGCCCCGAAAGCCGUGGGAAGAUCCGGCAGACUACGAAAAGGUCGGCAUGGACGCGUACGAGGGACAGGCCGGUGUGGAUAGAGCUCAGGAUAACCUGCGGAGGUUUGUGGAAGCGCAUCUUGUGACUAGUAGUCCGUGGCCAGAAGGCGUAAAGGCAAAGCGGAUCAGCGGCGAAGGUGGGGACAUCUGGUGGGAGAUGAAGGAGGGCAAGCAGGUGAUUCAGCCUGGUAACAUCGAAGUCGUACAGAUCGCCGAUAAAGUCUCGAAUGGAGAAGUAUGGGUCGUAAGUGGCGUGCUCAACUACGCUAGAUAGAUACACGAAGAGCAGGGAUAUUUUGAUUUGAAGGGAGUAACGGCGAAUUGAUUCUGAAAGAGAGCAGCCUGAUUGUGCAUUCCUUGUUUUUGGGGACGCUGAGAGUUCUUAACAGAUGCUCUCACCCACUGCUACAAGACCUGGAAAGGCAGGUACGCGUGUCCCCAAUUAGUUCGCAGGCUUGUAGUCAUAGAAGAACUUGACCCUCUGCACCUUGUCCUUCUUCCAAACAAUGAUGUUUCUAGCGUACA